AUGGCAGAAUUUAUGCAUGAGAACAUGGAAGAACAUGAAGGAAAUAUGCAAGAUGAGGAAUUGGAAUUUGCACUAGUAUCACUGGAUGACUCUCUGCCAAAUGUAGAGGAUCCUUUGCAAGAAAUAAAUUUGAGGACAGAAGAGGACCCUAGACCUACUUUCAUCAGCACGUUGCUGGAAGAAUCAUUGAAGGAUGAAAUCAUUGCACUUCUGCAUGAUUUCAAAGACUAUUUCGCAUGGCAUUAUCAUGAAAUGCCUGGACUGGAUAGAGGAUUGGUAGAACACAAAUUACCAAUAAAAUAA